UGGAAGCCCGAAUAAACGACAGAGAAGGAAGUUAGGAACCAAAUUCAACGAGUCUUUAACGCUAUAGCCACCAUAUUCAUCUCCAUUGCCACAUUCAGCCAUGGCGAAGGAAGAAGGAAGUCCUGUGGUCUCUGAUCUUGUUGACUUCUUGAACGCUUCACCUACUGCUUUCCAUGCCGUCGACGAGGCAAAGAAGCGUCUGAGAAGUGUAGGGUAUGAGCAAGUUUCGGAGAAAGAAGAUUGGAAACUGGAAGCAGGGAAGAAGUAUUUCUUUACUAGGAAUCACUCCACUAUAGUAGCCUUCGCCAUUGGUAAAAAGUACAUUGCGGGGAACGGAUUUUACAUAAUUGGGGCUCAUACUGACAGUCCUUGUCUGAAACUUAAACCUGUUAGCAAGGUAACUAAAGGGGGGUAUUUGGAAGUUGGUGUCCAAACAUAUGGAGGUGGCUUGUGGCACACAUGGUUUGAUCGAGACUUGACACUUGCGGGAAGAGUGAUAGUAAGAGAAGAGGAAGGUGGAGUUGUUUCAUAUUCACAUAAACUUCUAAGAAUUGAGGAACCUAUAAUGCGGAUCCCAACCCUUGCAAUUCACUUAGACAGGGGUACUGAUGGUUUUAAGGUGAAUAAUCAGACUCAUCUUCUACCUGUCUUAGCAACAUCAAUUAAGGCAGAGCUCAAUAAAGUUGUUGCUGGUAAUGGUCCAGUUGAAAGUAAUUCUCAGACUGAUGGAAAGAAAUCUAAUGAGAAAACAACCUUGGAAGAUGCAAAGCACCACUCACUUUUACUUCAGCUUCUUGCAAGCCAGCUUGGGUGUAAGCCCGAUGAUAUUUGUGAUUUUGAGUUGCAAGCCUGUGAUACUCAACCAAGCUUAAUAGCUGGUGCCACAAAGGAAUUUAUAUUUUCAGGACGGCUUGAUAAUCUGUGCAUGUCAUUUUGUUCUCUUAAGGCAUUAAUAGAUGCAACUUCUUAUGAUAGCAGCCUUGAGGACGAGGCUGGUGUUAGAAUGGUGGCUUUGUUUGAUCAUGAGGAGGUGGGAUCCGAUUCAGCCCAAGGCGCAGGCUCUCCAGCCAUGUUAACUGCCCUAUCACGGAUUACAAAUUCCUUCACCUCAGAUUUUAAGGUGGUCGAGAAGGCCAUUCAAAAGAGUUUUCUCGUAUCUGCUGACAUGGCACAUGCCCUGCACCCUAAUUAUAUGGAAAAACAUGAAGACAACCAUCAGCCCAAGUUGCACGGCGGGCUUGUAAUAAAAAACAAUGCCAAUCAACGCUAUGCAACCAAUUCAGUCACUUCCUUUCUAUUCAGGGAGAUAGCAUCCAAGCAUAAAAUUCCUACCCAGGAUUUCGUUGUCCGUAAUGACAUGGGUUGUGGUUCAACCAUUGGUCCCAUCCUUGCAAGUGGUGUUGGAAUAAGGACAGUUGAUGUUGGUGCUCCGCAACUUUCGAUGCAUAGCAUCCGAGAAAUGUGUGCUGUUGACGACGUGAGGCAUUCUUAUCAGCAUUUCAAAGCUUAUUUCCAAGAGUUCUCUCACAUUGAUUCGAAGAUCACAGUGGACAUGUAGGUCUGUUUGGAUGUUUCAGAAGUAUCUUAUGGUGGUACUUGUGAUGCCUUAACUUUAAUAAUUGGUGGAAAACAUGUUUUACGUUGUUAUGGACAGGAAAUACAAUGUUACCAUGCAAUAGAACAUAACUAUGAUAAGGAAUUUUCUGUUCUUAUCUAUGCUCAUCGAUCGUGAUUUUCUUUGGAGUAA